CUUCAUACACACUGUUAAACGAUUGUUAACAUAGUCUAUAACUGUGAACGUAAACAAGGGAAUCUAUAUUUUAUUCAGGACGUAUUAGAAGGAAUAUAUGAAAAUGAGGACUUGCGAAUGAGGAUAUCGCUGUAUAGCCUUGGUCAGAAUAUAGUUUUACAAAACAGAAAUAAGCUAUGUUUAGAUUUUACUAGUAAUAUGUAUACGAUACAAAAAAGAAACCAAAGCAUGUCGCGUUGCCCAUCAAUAACAGAGUGCUUGUACAGUCAAGCCCUGGAAAAUUCCCAGUUGUGUGAUGUUACUUUAACAUUUGGUGAACAUGUGAUGGGGGCACAUUGGGGUGUUCUAAUUCAGUGUCCUUUCUUCCGCGCAAUGUUUAACAGCGGAAUGAAAGAGAAACAAGAAGAUAAAAUUCAUAUCAGCGAUGAAUUCGAUGGAGGAUUCGAAAUACUCCUUCGGUAUCUCUAUACCUGUUCUGCAACACUUAACCUUUCUAAUGUGCAUGGUGUUUUGUGUGCUGCAGAUUACUUCGGUAUGAAUUCUUUAAUGGAAUUGUGUGAACAAUACCUAUCUGAAGUAACAUUGACUAUUGAGAACUGCAUUGAUAUAUAUUAUAUAGCCAAAAGGUUUCGUUUAAGAUUCUACAAUAAACUGAUGGAAUAUUUGACUGAAAACUUUCUUCAAAUUCUUGAUUUUGAAGACAAUGGUCAAUAUGUUACAAGUGAAAUGAUGCUGGAAGUUGCGGAUCUCAUGGACAAGACAGACGGCAGCAACAACGGAUUGAGUCAAGAAAUGCGGUUCAAGUACUUUCGACAAUGGUUAAAUUUAAAUGUCCAUGAUAGACGGAACACAUUCUCGUCAUUAUUUCUGAAACUUCAUUUGGAAGACACUUCUCAUGCCUUCUUUAAAUCUUUAUCUAGUGACUACAUACAAAACUUUAAAGAAUGUCGCGAUCACUACUAUAAGGUUAGCCGUGCGUCUAUGCUAAGUGCAAUCAAGCAUGAUGAUACUUUAUGUGACGCAGUACUGGUUGUUGCAGAAGUAUAUGUGAACAAAACAUGGUCUGGUCGACCGAUGCGCUGCCUUUUUGGAUAUAAAAUCGCCGUGAAUAAAUGGGCUCUCCUUGGCACAAUUCCGAAUGAUUUGGACCAUUUUUGUGGCGAUAAAAGACUGAUUGCUGUUAACGAAAUAAAUAACUGUAUUUACGUGUGUGGCAGUAAACAAUAUGAAAGCACUUUGGAUAAUUUUAUAUUAAGCGUUCAAAAACUUGAUAUCGUUUCAAAAUCUUGGUCCAAGUGUAAUUUUAGUGUACCGAAACGUCUUGCUGUCACAUCGGUACUACCUGAUCUAAUAAGUAUUAAACAAAUUGCCUUUGUUGAGAGAUACUUUUGUUUCGUGGCACAAAUGAAAACUAUCUGGGGCACAAAUAUAGAUAACAGCAUAUUUUUGUUUGGCGAUUCUGAGUUAUUUGAAAACGUCUCGUUGUGUAAAACAGGCUGGUCGUCAGAAAUUGAUAUUAAAAUGUCUGUAGUUAAAAACCGGUACAUUGUUGUGCUAUGUACUAUAAUAAAACAGUAUGAAAAUGUGAAGAAAGGAAAACUUAUUAUCAUAGAUAUAAUUACGAAGAAAACAAAACGUCGCAAAAUACUUGAACAAACACUGCACUAUGAAACUGACUUUUAUGAUGAUGAGGAAUUCAUGUUUGUGACUAAAGACGGUGUUAUAAUUUCAAAAAUAAACAGCACUUUUCAUAAAACACUGAACGUGGUAAACGGUCAUUGUUCAACUGUAAAUGACACAAUCAUUCCUAGAACAGUGUUAUCCGUUCGUGAAACUGACACAGAAGAAGAAGAAGACGACGACGACGAAGAGUAUUUUGAUUUUGAAUGUGGUAACGGGUAUAAUUGUUUGACAUUUUAUAACAGAACUUCUGAGUGUUUUUCCAUGUAUGACUUUGAAACCAAAGAUGUUUCUAAGUUACCUAAUUUACCUUACUGGAUAGUUCCUGGCUCUAUAACCCAUGCUAAGAUACCAUCAUAUGUGCUCAAAUGCGCAAUAGAUUGUACGCAUUGUUUGUAUGAAAUGCGAUGUACCGUGUAAAGUAUAGAAUUUUAUGUGAAAAGCAAUUGUUGAUGUUGAGGCAUUCACUGUCGGAUUACGAAAUAAUCUACCAAAAAAGCUACAUAUUUUAUAGGAUUUUUGUAAAUAUUAAUUAAAACGUUGUUCGCAUUUUAAGGUCAAUUGACGUUUUUAUAAAGAUAAUAGUUCAAAGAAUAAUAUUUAUAACAAACAAAACACAAUUUUCCUUGAUGAAGUCUAGCCAUAUUAAAAAGCUCUUGUUGACAAUCUUGACAAUAUUGAGAUAUUUUUUUAAUGUAAACUGUUUCGUAGGUCUGGGUUUUUUUUUCUAUCACGAAUGCUUCAGCAAAUCUACACAGCCUUAUUUUUUUUAUAUCAAAUAUUCGAAUUGAGUUCCUGUUUUAAUAUAUUCUUAAAUCUAACGGCCAAUGUAAUGCAAAGUAUGAAAUAUUGGUUCUAGCUUUCUAAUAUAGUUAUUCAUUUAGAAAGUACUAAUAUAUGACAAAAAUGCGCGUUGCCUUACAUGAUAUGUAUUAAAUAAACACUACACUGAUAAUACUGCUGAUGCUGUUAGGAUGUGACCCUUGCGACGAAAUGAUCAUUAAAGUACUUUUAAUUAUUUUCCUACAACAAAUCUCUUAGAUACUGUUUAAAGCUACCUUUUAAAACAUUAACAAUUGGUAUGGCUACAAUACUACACGAGAUAAGGCUGCUUUAUGUGACUCAACUUGUCAUUUAUUUGGUAAAUUGAUGGCAUCAUUAUCUAUGUAACUAUUCGUAUCACUUCUUUAGAAAUAAAACAUUUCUAUGGUAACACGUUACAUAAAUGUGUGUUACUAAUAUCUCGAUUCCAAUAAUCUUGUAGACCUUACAAUUUAUGUGUUUGUUUGGUAAACCAUUAUUGUGUAUUUGGUGCAUUUAUAAAUUAUGCCCUUCAAACCUUUGAACUAUUUUCUUAAACACGAUGCUAAGUUAUGCUGACAUUCUUAUAAUUGCUGGGGAAAUGGAUAUUGAAGCUCACAAAUCGUCGUUGUCCUGUUGUUGAUUUAGGACAAAAUGGCUUCAAUUUUAAUUUCAACACCAAUUAGCUUUCGUAAAAAUACUUCUUGUUUACCAGACCCAACCCGAUCCGAGAUUUUCCAUUACUGUUUAUGUUUAAUAGGCGUAUUGUACGUGAGUAAUUGGUGUCGAGAACUAGCCUAUCCGUUUUCUGCGUGUUAACAUUAAAUAUUAAAGAAAGGUUGUUUAUACUAUAUAGAAGUGCAAGAAGUUAUAAUUGUGGUUGACGCGAUAUAAUGUCAGAGUUAGGUGCUUUUAACCCUUUGCAUGCUGGGAAAUUUAUCGUCUGUUUUUCAGUGUAUAAAGAGUAAAGUUAAUAGGAGUCGUGUUUGUACAAGGUGUUAUUCGUUUGUUUCAAACAGUUUGAAUUGCAGUGGCAUGUGUUUAUGAUUAUAGGCGAUUGGUUCAAUAAAUCAAUGUGAAGCGGU